AUAACAAAAGUCAGGUGGGACGCACGAUUGAACGAGCGGCGAAGGGCCGCCUCCAAAUCCCUUGGGUUCCGCCACUGGUAGACGUUGGGCGUCUGUACUGUACGUCAAUCGGGCUUUUCUAAAGCAUAGAUGAACUCUUGGCAAGGCGUUGUGAAUGGUUAGAAGUUGGUGCUUGAAAGUACCCUGCUCUCUCUGUUCUCUGGAUUGUGGAAUUCCAAGUAUCUUCUCAGUCUAACUAAACUGGACACUGCCACAUCACUCUCGCUGACUGCUCACUCUCCAUGUGGAAAUCAUUAUAUCUGACUCACGCAUCGUUCCUCUUCUUAUCUAAUUCUAGAGCUAUGGCCUCUGCAAGAGUUUUCUAUCAUACGCUUCCAUGUACAAAAUUCACACCCUUCAACAAAGUAGACACUUUCUCCCUAUCACCUUCCUUACGAACCUUCGCCACCACACGAACCCCAUACCCACUUCAGUACGAGAUGAUUAUCAACCGUCCGGUCAAUUCUGUGCAUGCCCAUUCUCGCCGUCGACCUGUUCGACAAAAUGACUCCAAUUCAGAGAGCUUUCCUGACUCCGAUUCUCCUGAAGAGUCUGUUUCUCCGGAGGAGUCCGUUUCUGAAUUGGGAUUAGAUAGCUGGGUCGAUCGGAAAUUGGCUUUUGAGAAGGAAGCUGACCAACCCAGUUCCCAAAAAUUGGAGCUUGACAAGGCUAAGAGAAAAUAUUACAGAAAACGGAGGAAGAGGAUGUAUGGGUCGGACUCAGAUGAAGAAAAUAGACGACCUGAAGAGAAGUUCGUGGAACUGAAGCCUGAGGUGGUUGAGCUUCCUACAUUGCACAAGAGGGAGGAGGAAUUGUAUUUCUACGAUACGUUUUCUUACCCGUGGGAAAAGGAGAAGCAUUACAAGAUGGUCUAUCAGUUAGAGAAGAAAUAUUUUCCUGAUCAGUGUCUUGACAAAGCGUUCCUUGAACCGGGAGAAUCAAAUGCAAAUGUGAAUGAAAAUACAGAUAUGAAGACUAAGAGUAAGGUGAGGGAAAAGAAGAAAAUCAGGGAAGAUAAAAGGGAGAAAAAAGACGAAAUUGGUAAUGAAAGAACUGAUAAGAAGUUAAUAUUCUUCGAGGAGAAACAAGAAGAAGAAAAGGAUAAUAGAGGAUUGGUUAAGGAAACAAGAGAAGAUCUAACCGAAAAGAAGGUCGAAGAGUUCUUUAAAUAUUUGAAGAAAAUUCCCGAUAAGGAUGUUGAAAUGGGUAAUGCUGAGCCGUUUCUUGCGUCAAGAAGUUCUGGGCUUCCUCCUAGAUGGGAUGGUCCUCAUGGAACCGUUGUUUUGGUGAACAAACCCAAAGGCUGGACUUCAUUUACAGUUUGCGGGAAGCUGCGUCGCCUAGUCAAAGUGAAAAAGGUAGGUCAUGCUGGAACUCUUGAUCCUAUGGCUACGGGUUUAUUGAUUGUUUGUGUUGGUAAAGCAACAAAACUGGUAGAGAGAUAUCAAGGGAUGAUUAAGGGCUAUAGCGGGGUUUUCCGCCUAGGGGAGGCUACUUCAACAUGGGAUGCUGAUUCAGCGGUCAUUCAGCGGGAGCCAUGGGAGCACAUCAAAGAUGAAGACAUAAAGAGAACUGCAGCAUCCUUUUGCGGGGAGAUUUGGCAAAUUCCCCCAAUGUUCUCUGCCAUUAAAGUUGGAGGUGAGAAAAUGUACGAGAAAGCAAGGAGAGGAGAAAGCAUUGAACUCUCGCCUCGACGAAUAUCAAUUUUCCAGUUUGGCAUAGAGCGUAGUUUGGAUGAUAGACAAAAUUUGAUUUUUAGGGUAACAUGUUCCAAAGGGACGUAUAUUCGGUCCCUAUGUGCAGAUUUUGGGAAAGCUCUUGGCAGUUGUGCCCAUUUAACUGCUCUCCGGAGAGAUUCAAUAGGAGAAUAUUCAGCAGAUGAUGCAUGGGACUUUGCAGAGCUUGAAGAGGCUAUUUCCAAAAGUUAUUUCUAACUUAAGAAGGUAAACCCACUAUCAAUCUGAAAACCAUGACACGUAGAAUGGGUGAUACUGCUCCGGGUUCCUCUUCGUGCUAAAGUCAUCUUUUUUAUUUGCUCUUUGCUCGCUAUAUUUAUUUUUCUUUCUUAUCAAGUAUCUGAUAUUAAGGAAAAUGUUAUGUAAUAUUCACUAAUAAAUCAUUCAAUUUCGGAAGCAACAAUCACACACA